AUGGCCGCAAGAACCAUUGUCAUUGACCACGGGUCUGGCUUUUUGAAGGCUGGCCUGGCUGGCUGGAAUGAGCCCCAGAUGGUCAUGCCGAGCAUUGUGAACUACAUACCGUGCAGGGAGAACCCCGGCCCCAGCUGCGCCCAGAGGCGCGUGAGCCUGGGCAUCGACGUCUACCAUCCUGACACCUUUAGCCACCCCAUACAGCGUGGCCGCAUCCUCAACUGGGAGGGCGUGGAGUACAUCUGGUCGGUUGUCUUGGAGAAUCACAGACGGGAGCAGGAGAACUCUCCCGUGAUGGUCACAGAGUCCCCCAUGAGGGAGCCUGGGGACCGACGGAAGACCCUGGAGAUUAUGUUUGAGUUACUGGAUGUCCCAUCCAUACUCCUGGCCGACCAGCUGGAGAUGUCCCUGUACUCCUCUGGCCUGCUGACCGGUGUGGUGGUGGAUUCUGGCUAUGGCCUGACCCGCGUGCAGCCUUUCCAGCUGGGCCGCCCCCUAGCCUCCAGCAGGAAGACGCUGGAGUUCGCCGGCCAGGAUCUCUCCUCCUAUCUCUUCAGCAGCCUCUUUAAGGAAGAUUGCAACCAUCACAACCUGUUUCAGCUGGAAACGGUCACCGCACUUCAGAUGGGCAAGUGCUACGUGCCGCAGCAUCUGGGGGAAGCUCUGGACUUUCUUCAGAGCAUGCCGAGUGGCUCAGAUGAAAACAACACCUACCAGCUCCCGGACGGCACCCCGGUGGAGCUGACCCCCCUGCAGCGGCUGGCUCCUGAGAUGUUCUUCAGCCCACAGGUGUUCGACCUGCCGGGGCCCAGCAUCUCACAGGCAGUCGUGGAUACCAUCAAGGCCUGCGAGGCCUCUGUGCACCAGCUGCUGACCUCCCACGUGGUGGCCUGCGGGGGCAACACCCUCUAUCCCGGCUUCACCACGCGCCUGUACAAGGAGCUGACCACGGAUCACUUCUCUUCCACCAAGACCGCAGUAUGGGUGGGUUCCAACAGGAACUUCAGUGUCUGGCUGGGAGCAUCCAUGAUGGCCCAUCUUUCCACGUACAAGUCUGAGUGGAUGACCAGAGAGGAGUAUGCCGAGAGCAUGGGGGUGUGA